UCCUGCCCCUCUCUCUCUCUCUCUCUACAACUCCAAUCCUAUUGUCUCCCAUUUCCUCCGCCUUUACCCCGAAGCUUCUUCCUCCCCACAAACCUCCAGUUAAUCAUUCUACUAAAACCCCAAAUGAAGCUGCAUUUGGUGGAGCAGAGCUUGAUUGAGACUUGAAAUGGUUUAAGAAACAUAUUCGCAAACACAAUAGAUACAUCGACAAGGACAGCAGACUUUGCAUAUGGCUCCGGAGAAUAACUGGCUCUCAUUCUCUCUCUCCACAAUGGAAAUGCUCAGCUCGUCGUCGCAGUCUCAGAUGUUGCAGCAACAAUCCGCGAUGAAGCAGCAGCAGCUCGUGCCCUUCGAUGCCGCCUCGGCUGAUUCUCAGCAAUACUGUUACUACGAUAACUACUAUAAUACUAGCGGUUGGGAAAACAGGUCUCAAGGACUCUACGGAGGACAAAACCAAGUGGUAAAAGAAGUCACAGGCCAAAGCAUUGCCGACUCAUCCAUCUUCACAGGCCUAUUCGUCGACUCACAAAUGCACCACCAACCCCCACCAAAGCUCGAAGACUUCCUCGGCGGUGACACGUCGUCGUUCCAAACAGAAACCCAGGACUCAUCCUCCCUCACUCAUAUCUAUGAUCAGAGUGGCGCCUCGGCCUACUUCAACGACCACCACGACUUCAAAACGAUCAAUCCUGGAUCGGCCGGGUUCCAGGCGUUUUCAGCCAAUUCGGGAUCGGAGGUGGAUGACUCGGCCUCUGUGGCCAGGACUCAGUUGGGUUGUGUGGAUUAUGCGGGUCAGUACACUGAGUCAGGCCACGAGUUGGCCCUUUCACAGUGCCCAAAUGGUGGUUUGUCCCUGGGUGGUAAUAAUAACCAGAGAUCUGAGAAGGCUCUGGUUUCUGUUGACUCGGAUAGUUGUAAGAGGAUCACUGAUACGUUUGGGCAGAGAACUUCGAUUUACAGAGGAGUCACUCGGCAUAGAUGGACGGGUAGAUACGAAGCGCAUCUAUGGGACAACAGCUGUAGAAGAGAGGGCCAGGCCAGAAAGGGACGUCAAGUGUACCUGGGUGGAUAUGACAAGGAAGAUAAGGCAGCAAGGUCUUAUGAUUUGGCAGCUCUAAAAUACUGGGGUCCCACUGCCACCACCAACUUCCCGGUUGCUAAUUAUACCAAAGAACUCGAGGAGAUGAAACAUUCUACCAAGCAAGAAUUCAUUGCCUCACUGCGAAGGAAGAGUAGUGGGUUUUCAAGGGGAGCAUCUAUAUAUAGGGGUGUAACAAGACAUCAUCAACAGGGCCGAUGGCAAGCAAGGAUAGGUCGUGUUGCGGGAAACAAAGAUUUGUAUCUUGGAACAUUUGCCACAGAAGAAGAAGCAGCAGAGGCAUAUGACAUAGCGGCAAUAAAGUUCAGAGGUUUGAAUGCAGUAACCAAUUUCGAGAUGAACCGAUACGACGUUGAAGCCAUUAUGAACAGUUCUCUUCCAAUUGGUGGCACCGCUAAGAGGUUAAAGCUCUCACUCGAGGCGGAGCAGAAACCUUCGUUGAACCAUGAACUACCACUCCAAUGCAGCAGCAACACCAGCACUAGCAUCAAUUUCUCUCCCGUACAGUCACUUCCGGGAAUCCCAUGUGGAGUGCCUUUUGAUGCCGCCACUCGUUACCACCACAAUCUUUUCUACCUCCAUUCUAACAACGGUGGCUCUUCUGAUGCCCCUAACUCGGCCACCUCCAUGGUGACAACCCCCAUGACCUACUUGCCCCCACCAGCUGAGUUUUUCAUUUGGCCUCACCAAUCCUAUUAACUAUGAGGAUACUAUUCAGUGGUCCCGUAAACCACCGCUGUGCAUGUGGCGAUCCCGUAAACCACCAUGUCAGCGUGCUAAGUUGGUGCUUCUGGACUAAUGAAAAACUACUCAUUAACAUGACCUAUUAGUUAACUUCCUGAUCGACAACUACCAUUCAGCUAAUAAUGUUAACUUCCUAGCCUUUGUUUGUGAUCUUCUCUGAAACCUGACCUUAUCUGACCCAGUAAACUUUAGCUUAGCAUUUUGACUUUAGCAGGGCUUGUACACUGGGGGUGUGGAUGAAAGAUAAAAAAGUGUUUGACUUUCUUUAGGAAAAACUGAUGAGAAAAGCUGAAGUUCUGUUUGUAGGUUGAUGACGAUGUUUGUUGAAAUUGGGUGUAGGGCAAUCCAUCUUGUGGAAAGGUUUUGAUUCUUUUCCAGUUUUGGUUUUGUUGGAGUUGCUCCUCAUGCUAAUGGUUAUUGUACUAGUGCUGAAGUUAACAAUACAGAAUCACAGUUUCCUUCUUCUGA